UCAAGAGUCGAGAUCCAUGACCAUAAGGCAAGACAAUAAACCUGCUCCAUCAGACAACAAAUUGAGUACGGGUACAUUCGUAAGGGGCAUUGAAUGCGGUACAUUUGCCCUUCAUGAAAUAAGUGCUAGCGUCAUUAGUAGAUCAAUCAUAGUCAAGGCGAAACACACGGGAAUGCAGGACAAGGAUGACAAUAGUCAUUUUGAUUUAUACAAAACAUUCGACGUUUUGGAAGAGUUCGACAUCGAAAAAGCCAUGGUUACAUUGCACUCUGAUGGUGUUUUAAAGAUUGAAGUUCCUAAGAUAACAGCAAACGAAUAAAUAGCAUGA